GAGGCGAGGACUAAGGAUGAUGACCCCCGGGCCCCGCCCUCGGCACCUCGUCCUGGCUCGUUCAGCCCGCAGCACGUCUCCGUGGGGCCCCAGUGCCUGCCGGUGGUCCGUCCAGGAAGCAGGGUACAGAGAUGUCUGGCGAAGGCCCGGGGUCGGGUGGCCGUGCGGGAGCAUUCGGAGGCCGGGGGUCCGGAGGGCGACCUUUACCAGUUUGAGGCCGCGUGGGACAGCUCCAUGCACAACUCUCUGCUGCUGAACCGGGUCACCCCGUACCGAGAGAAAAUCUACAUGACCCUCUCGGCUUACAUUGAGAUGGAGAACUGCACCCAGCCAGCCGUCAUCACCAAGGACUUCUGCAUGGUCUUCUACUCUCGGGAUGCCAAGCUGCCCGCCUCGCGCUCCAUCCGCAACCUGUUUGGCAGCGGGAGCCUGCGGGCCUCGGAGAGCAACCGCGUGACAGGCGUGUACGAGCUCAGCCUGUGCCAUGUGGCCGAUGCCGGCAGCCCAGGGAUGCAGCGGCGGCGGAGGCGCGUGCUCGAUACGUCUGUGGCCUACGUCCGCGGCGAGGAGAACCUGGCGGGCUGGAGGCCCCGGAGCGACAGCCUCAUCCUGGACCACCAGUGGGAGCUGGAGAAGCUGAGUCUCCUGCAGGAGGUGGAGAAGACCAGGCACUACCUGCUGCUGCGGGAGAAGCUGGAGACCACGCAGCGGCCCGGCCCCGAGGCGCCCCCCGCCUCCAGCGAGGACUCCGGCUCCCACGGCCCGUCCGGCCCCUCGUCCCCACUCUCGGCCGAGGGCCGGCCGUCCCCCCUGGAGGCUCCCAACGAGAGACAGCGGGAGCUGGCCGUCAAGUGCUUACGCCUCCUCACGCACACGUUCAACCGAGAGUACCACAGCCACGUGUGCGUCAGCGCCAGCGAGAGCAAGCUCUCCGAGAUGUCUGUCACCCUGCUUCGGGACCCAUCCAUGUCCCCUCUGGGGGCAGCCACGCUCACACCCUCCUCCACCUGCCCCUCUCUGGUGGAGGGGCGGUACGGAGCAGCCGAUCUGAGGACCCCGCAGCCCUGCUCCCGGCCGGCCAGCCCAGAACCUGAGCCUGUGCCCGAGGCAGAUUCGAAGAAGCUUCCAUCCCCUGCUCGGGCCGUGGAGGCGGACAAAGAGCCCCCGCGCCUGCUGGUUCCUGACAUCCAGGAGAUCCGGGUCAGCCCCAUCGUCUCCAAGAAGGGCUACCUGCACUUCCUGGAGCCACACACAGCCGGCUGGGCCAAGCGCUUCGUGGUGGUACGGCGGCCGUAUGCCUACAUGUACAACAGUGACAAGGACUCUGUGGAGAGGUUCGUGCUCAACCUGUCCACCGCCCAGGUGGAGUACAGCGAGGACCAGCAGGCCAUGCUCAAGGUACAGCCUUGGAAAUGGGAUGGGCGGGUCCCGGGUUGGCCAAGGCCCGGCGAACCCCCGGCAGGGCCGCGGGAGGUGGGAGCCGGGCCCCGUCCCCCGUAG